UGAGCGAGAGAUGGACUCCUUGAAUUGCUUUGCGCAAAAUCCGCCGUUUCUCUCUCCUCCCUCCUCUCCAGCCUCAAGAUUCUGCACAGCCCUGUCUCCUCCUCUCCCAGCAGCGUGGGGUUGAAAAUGUGCCUCUGUGUACUACUAGGGUGGGAGGGGGCUACAAGCAGAGGAUAAUGUCAGAGGCCCAGCUCCCCCUCCUGCUGGACGCUCCUCUCUGCUUCCGCCAGGGUUGGUCUCUGGAAGAAAUAGCUGGGGCUGUGGCUGUGGCGAGCGAAAGCGGCUGAGGCGCGUGGAACCCGAAAAGUACAGAUCCUCUCAGUUACCGCGCAUCGUGGUGCCCAGCAGACUGUCAGCACCAUGGACAGCAGUGUCCUGCCUGGGAAUUGCACAGAUCCCUUUGUGCAAUCCAGUUGCUCCCUGGCACCUAGUCCCCGUUCCUGGACUAACUUAUCCCACUUAGAUGGCAAUCUGUCCGACCCAUGCGGUCCGAACCGCACCGAGCUGGGCGGGAGCGACAGCCGGUGCCCUCCGACUGGCAGCCCCUCCAUGAUCACGGCUAUCACCAUCAUGGCCCUCUACUCCAUCGUGUGCGUGGUGGGACUCUUUGGAAACUUCCUGGUCAUGUAUGUGAUCAUCAGAUACACCAAAAUGAAGACUGCCACCAAUAUCUACAUUUUCAAUCUUGCCCUGGCAGAUGCCUUAGCUACCAGUACUCUGCCCUUCCAGAGUGUAAAUUACCUAAUGGGAACAUGGCCAUUUGGAACCAUCCUUUGCAAGAUUGUGAUCUCCAUAGAUUACUACAACAUGUUCACAAGCAUAUUCACCCUCUGCACCAUGAGUGUGGAUCGUUAUAUUGCAGUCUGCCACCCGGUCAAGGCCCUGGAUUUCCGUACUCCACGAAAUGCCAAAAUUGUCAAUGUCUGCAACUGGAUCCUGUCUUCUGCCAUAGGUCUGCCUGUAAUGUUCAUGGCAACAACAAAAUACAGGCAUGGUUCCAUAGAUUGUACCCUAACAUUUUCUCACCCAACCUGGUAUUGGGAGAACCUCCUGAAGAUUUGUGUCUUCAUCUUUGCCUUCAUCAUGCCUGUCCUCAUAAUCACAGUGUGUUACGGACUGAUGAUCUUACGCCUCAAGAGUGUCCGCAUGCUCUCAGGCUCCAAAGAAAAGGAUAGGAACCUGCGGAGGAUUACCAGGAUGGUGCUGGUGGUUGUGGCCGUAUUCAUUGUCUGCUGGACUCCCAUUCACAUUUAUGUCAUUAUUAAAGCUUUGAUCACUAUCCCAGAAACCACUUUCCAAACAGUUUCAUGGCACUUCUGCAUUGCUCUAGGUUACACAAACAGCUGCCUGAACCCAGUCCUGUACGCGUUUCUGGAUGAAAAUUUCAAACGAUGCUUCAGAGAAUUCUGUAUCCCAACCUCCUCCACCAUUGAGCAACAAAACUCCACUCGAAUUCGUCAGAACACUAGAGACCACCCCUCCACGGCCAAUACGGUGGAUAGAACAAACCAUCAGCUGGAAAAUCUGGAAGCAGAAACCACUCCAUUGCCCUAAAUGGGUCUUGUGCCAUUCAGACCCUCACUGAGCUUAGCAGCCACCAUCUAUGUGGAAGCAGGCCACCAGGAGAAUGUGUAGGAGGCUCUAGUUUCCUAAAACUGUGCUUCCUUCUGAGUUAUCAAAAGUGUGUCCUCUCUGGCUACUCCACUCCAAUCCUUAGAGGGGCGUGCAGACUACAUGAAGCACUCGGAAGAAAAAAAAUAUGCCACACUUAAAAUCUGGUUUAUGUACAUAAGCAUGAUGAUGCCCAGUGGGGACCAAAAAUGCCAUGGUAUAUGACUGGGGUCAUCACAGAAGGUAACCCUUCUGUAUGUAAUAUUUUGUUUUCUAGCAAGUAUUUAUGACCUUGUCAAACAAAAACCAUUGAUUGUUAAAUUCACUGAAGUAACACAUAAAGUAAAUGCUACCUCUGAGCAUAUUGUAUGGCAAGUCCCAGUCUCUAGUCUUUUGUAAAAGAACAUGGUAUUCUCUUUUUGACCUAUAAUGUUCACUUUUCAAUUUUCAUCCGGUUAAGACAUCAGUUGCACUUUCAUUUCUUGGUUUUGUAUGGUUUAAAAGGACAACAUCUCUUCACCUAGCUCCAAAAUUUCAAAAGCAAUGAAUAUGAAUGGUAACCUUGCACUGGGUCUGCAACCUUGUAUUGGAAUUGUCAGCUGCCGAAAGAUUAAGUCUCCUCCACUACAAGUAAGUUCUUGGAGUCACAAUAGGAGAUUAGCCAUUUUCAGGCUUUCAGGGCUUUCUGCCCGCUUUUAACUGUGGAAUUCCCUUGCUGCUAAGUGUUCACAGAACGUAACAGUUAGCCAAGUGCUCAUCAUUGCAUCCAAGCAUUUAAAACACACUCCUCAUUUCCCAGUAGUUUCUUCACAUUGCAUGCUCUCUUUGUGUAUGACUUUCCUCUUUUUAAUUCAGCUCAGAAUAUUGAUAUCUUGUGAAUCAGUGUGGUAAAAUGACAUAUGUUUGUUGAGUGCCAAAAUAGUUUAAACAUUUUUUAAAAUGAAUUUAAUCUCAAAACAGAAAGGCUCAAAAAAACCGUAUAGAAAAAAGUGUGAUCUUCUUUCAGUCAUGUACAGUUAUUUGGACAUGAUAUAUUAACAAUGGCCUAAAAUGAUUUCCUUGAAGAUUGCAUUUAUAAUAUCAUCACCAAUAUCUUGAUCUUUUUGAGCUCUGCUAAAUGUCAAAGUCUCCUUUGUAAAAUGCCAGUCUUCUAAGUAGUUUCUUUGAGAUAAUUCUGCUCUUUGGCUAGUUUUCUUUGUUAUGACAUUCAGGACAUAAUAGCCAAUCUUCUGUUUAAUAUGAUCUGUGUAGACAGGAUAGAUGGCCCACACAAAGAAGAUCUCCUCUCUGAACUGUUGUCUUCAUUGAUUAAGUAAAUCAAGUACAUAGCAGUCAUCUAUGGGGGUAGAAGUAUGAAACAGGGUCCCUGCUUCCCUUAGAAGUGUGCCUGAGUCGACAAGCUGCCAGCUGAUGAACUGUAAAAUGUGCAUCUCUUCAUCAAUCUAGCAAGGCACAAAUAUGCAUCAGACAUCCAAAAACAUACUUCUGGGAGACAGCUGUUGAAGACUACAAUAAUUUACGGUCUCAGAUCCAAUCAGUUGUAAUUAUGUGGACCCAACCCAUAAGCCAAGAUAUUUUAAUGUUUCCUUCUGAUGAUGCUCGAUGUUUGCCAUUAAAACCACCAUUUCUCAAAUAUUAUGCCCCAGGAUAGAUGUUCAUUGUGUGAUUUUUAUUUUACAUUUUCUGAUCAAAGUAAUUAAAACCAAAGCCUUAAAAAGAUUUAGUACUUUAAAAUGCAUAAUGCAAAUAAAACAUUAAGGGGGAAUGAAAUAUUUGUAAAUAAGUGCUGGAGAGGAAAAUUCUCCCUUUUAAUUUGCCAGGAUUACAUGUGUUCUCUCUAGAGAUGCCAAUAUUGCUGUCUUUUCAUGACAAUUAUUUCUCGGCAAUUAUUGUUGCUGCUAAUGACUCACUCUUAGUUAUGAAUUAUCUACCAUGUAGUUGAAAGCAACAUAGUCUUGAUGUAGUACUACAUACGUCUUUUUCUAAAAAUAUCAUCUUUCAUACCAUCUUUUAGACUGCAUUGAAUACACAGUAAAGGGGUUCAUUUACAAAUUAAGUAAACACUAUGCUGUUAACCUAUUGCAUGGAAAGCCAUUUUUGUUAUAGAUUGGUAGAACUAUCCCACAAUUCCAUGUUAAACAGAGGUAACAACACUAGCUCAAUCGGGUAGGCUAAGGUUUCUCAUGAAAUCUAAGGAAACUAAGUUUCUACCUUGUUAUUCCUUCUGAUUUUGGCUUUCCUGGUAGGGAUGAGAUUUCUUCCCAGUUUGAUUUCCCAGGAAUGCAGACUGUAGGUGUGAAAGAGAGAUUUUGCUACUUUGUAUGAUUUCUUACUAAUUAUUGUGUGCAUGGUAGUUAUAACCAUUCCUCCUUCAGUCUCCUCCUUCACUAUUUUACUCCUGCGUUCUUCCCUUAACAACCACCAGAAAGGAAAGAAGACGGGAGAUGAGACCCCCCUGAGGAAAAUGAUUGCCAGGACCCAGAGGGAAAAUGGGCAGAGGAGAAUUGAGAAGGAACUGAAUUAUACUUAUGUUUUAAAUGUUUUGCUAUAAUCUUCUGGAUCCACCAUAAUUUUAUGACAUCAAAUAAAAAGUAAAGAUACCAAAAACUUGGAUUUUAAGGUCUUACAGAUUUGUAUCUGAAUACACAUCAUGAAAAUUUUUAGCUUUGUGGUUUUAAACAAUGUAAUCUCUUCCAGCUUCCAGCUUCUCUUGAGAAGGUACAUGGUAAUGUGACCUUCUUGAGUCAGUGGUCAGGAUAGAAUGAAAUAGUGUACAUAAAAUAUUGGCCUACCAGGCAGCAAAUGCUUCCUAUAUGUACUGAAAAUUAUAAGUGAAAAUUAUAGAUGUCAACAAAGCAUGACAAAAAAAAAAAGAGUGGAAACUAGGGAAACCCACUGGGAACCAUCUCUAAUCACCUUUGGCACAAAACUCUGAGAAAGACACCUUCUCUUCCCAGUUUGAGAUGGUACUGGAUUCACAGUCAGAAAACAGGGCAUGCAGAUUGAUUUAAAGCCACUGACAUUAAUGUCAAAUGCAAAAAGCCUGGCAAAAGUUCCACUUUGUACAUUCAUCCAUGAGCCAAUCAAAUUUAUUAAGAAGUCAUUUCACACCAGUCAUUGUUCUCUACUAUCAUCAAAAUAUUAAGAGUACAAGGAAUUAUAUGCGUAAUUAUGUACAUAACUGCUCAAGAAAUAAGCAACCUCAAGUGCCAAAGCUUUGUGUGCUGCAGUGUGUGGCAAUGACCAAGCUCUACUCAUGAAAUACACUGGCAUUUCUUAAAGCAUUGCGUAGAUGGGUCAAGGUCAAUUGAAUCCAACCAACAUUGUUUUGUCUUGGACACUUGGGUUAUAAACACAAGGACCUUUAACACUGAGAUUUAGGAUUGAUUAUGAAGUGUGUUAAGGGUGAAUCAGAUGUGACUAUUACAACAAGGUGCUCUUCAAAUAACAUUAAAUCAACACUUCCCUUGCAUUUCAAAGAAAUUUAACACUAAAAAAACAUUAAAAUUAAAUACAUCAAUCUUUGAGGGCACUACUUAACUCAAACAUAUGAAAAGAUACUUCUAAACCCUGGACACAUAUUCUUAAAAAAAUCAGUGUUCCAAAGUUCUUCCUAUCACACAUUUAAUAAAUAUUUAACAGUCUACAUUUUUGACUUGCUUUGAAUUUCCUCCAAGUGCACAGUGAGAAUGAAUGCCACUAAAAUCAGCAUUUGGAAUUGCACUUACUUUACAAAGUUACAAGGAAAUGUGAGAAGGCUACUGCUUCCUCUUCACUUUGAGAAGUUCAGAUUUGUAUUUUAGAACCAAACCACCUAGAAAUUGAUACUCAGAGUUCAAGACCAAAAAUCUGCAAAUCCCAGACUCCACUGCUAAGGGGCCCAUAAUCCCUUGCAGUGCAGGUACAUGCUCCUCUUUUUUCUUUCAAGCUCAAGAAAUUUAGCAUGUCUGUGAUUCGUUCACAUCCAAAAGAACUUCGUAGGUGAAAAUAAAGGAAAACUCUCUUGCAAUAGGUUAGUUAAAAUCUAGUAGUAGAACAUGCUACCAAAUGUGAGGCAAGGCAGAAUUAUUCAUUUAGGAAAUGUAAAUGAAGAAUCAAGGCGAAACUAGAUAGAGUAAUAAGCAAAGGUGAGUGCGUACUGGGCUGCACUAUCCUACCAUUGUAAUUAUUCAGCAUCACACCUUGCUACGAAUAAAUAGCUGGCAUUACCAUAUUUUAUUCUAAGGAAUUAUCUUUCAAUGCCUUCAGUUGUUUUGUAAACUUGGUAGCGAUCUAUUUAGAGUUGCAAAGAUUCUACAGAAUCUGUCAGACUAGAAAUAGGACUUACCUGUGGCUAUAGUUAGUGAAAACAACUACACUAAAUAGUUUUGCAGCCUAGGAUUUCAGAAAAAUGUAUGUCUUUGCUAGAACACCACAAAAACUAUAUCAGUUCUUUGUGAGUAUAAAAAAUGCUCACUUCAUCAGAAUAUGUUACAAUAUAUACAUACGUUACAAUAUAAGAAUAGAUAAAAUUUAUAUUUUUCAGGUGAUAGGUCUCUUGAUUUUCAGUUUUGAAAGAAUGAUAAUAUUAAUCAUGUUCCAUGAAGAAGAUAAUCCUCGUUUUUGUAAUAACUGAUGUCUCCACAUCUCUGUAUCUCAAUUUUAUUGUUAUCCAGAGCUACUUCAUGGAUUAAAUAGUUGGCUUCUUGAACCUGAAUCAUGUGCCCGAAGUAUCAGCCUGCAUUGUGAAAAACACAAUAAUUGCUUAAAUUCCAACUAAUAUGUGCACUCUUAGCAAUAUGUGCACUCCCUAUUGGGAAAAUGUACAUUUGUUUUAUGAUUUCAGAUAGGGAACACAGAAGCCCUUUGGAGAGAGGGAAAUUUACCUUGAUAUUGUCAAAAACACCAUAAUAGAAAUGUUAAGCAACAAAAACCUUUCAGGAAAAGGUUGUUUUAAAUGUUGCCUAUAACUUCCUUCUGCAUGCCUUGCAAUUUGAUUUUUAAAAGGAUCUAGAUGUUAAAAGCAGCUUAUUCCAUUCAUUUUCAAGUCUCUUAAAAGAAACUUCUGGGUUUUUGCUUGCUAUACAUAAGUGUUGUGUUUAAUGGCAUUAUCCACCAAUGUUAGGAAAUUUUGUGUGAAUACAAAGUUACAAAAUACUAAAUGGGAAUGAGAGAAAUGAUAAAAAUAGAGCACAGUGGGAGGAGGAGAAAGGGGAGUAACAAAGGCAAUGGAUGACACUUUUCCUAAGAUGAUACUAAACGUGGUCAUUCACACUGUAAGCAGGAGCUUGGAUGAUGUAAACGUAGUAAAAGCGCUUCAAUUAAUGAAUACUAGGGAAAAAAAAAGAUUACAUUUGUGUGACUUGGUGUUGUGACUUCACUGACUCCCCCCCAAAAAAAGCAGAAGCUUCUAAGAGAGGGGAAUUGCAGUUACCUCUCUCCAUUUGGAGGAGGGCAGAAGUGCCCCAACACUGCAGGGUAUUUGCAGAAUCUGCAAGUCUCAUAGUUUCUUCUUGCCCUGAUUCCCUCUGCAUCUGAGCUUCUGUGUUGCUUAUUCUGUAUCUUGUCAUAGCAAUGUCACCAUCCAAUACUGCUGUAACAUCAAAUCAAACACACCCUGCUAACAGUGGGUGUCCUUCCAUAACUUCAAGUGCCUGAGUAGGUUUGGCUGAACACCUUUCCCUGCUCAGAGUUAGGACGGAAGGCCAGGUUACAGGCUGUCAGUCCUCGGUAAACCCUGGAAAGAUUCCAAGCAGAGGGAAGCCCUGCUGGAUUUUGAGUGAUAUAUUAGAGUUCCUCCUCCCCCACCCAAAAAAAUAUGCCAUUUAUAUGGUUACCUUUCUAUAGCAUAGCCAUGAAAUGCAAUAUUAAACUGUAUAUUUAUUUCUGCCAGAGUGUACUAUGGCUUUUCUCUUGCCACAGACAAAACUUCAUAGUUUAAAAUCAGUGGAUGUUAUCAUGUAAUGAUUCUACCAGAAACUUCCAAAGAACAGACGGUCCCCUUUAAAUUUGGAGGAAAAGACCUACUUAAGGGUUUCUGAAUGUCUUUUUUAAUUUUGCUGCUUUUUGAGGAUUUUGUGUUUCCUUUUGUUUUGCUUUGCUUGUUUUUUGAACUGGGGAGGGGUUGGUUGUUGUUCCUUGUUUCUUUGUUCUUUUUUCUCACUUCUCCCUGAAAUGUGUCUUUAUAUAGAUGGAUUCUCUUUAGAGUAAGACCUACAAGUCCUUCCUCUGUUUUGUCUCCUGAAUGGAUCUCCUUGUGCAGUGAUCAGUGCAGUUCAGUGCUGCUCACUGAGGCAUUACUGUGUUCAUGGCCUGACAUCGGGGUGGGUCACCCCUAUUCCCCUUAUCUUCAAAUAAGGGAUCCCCUCUCUCUGUUACUUUGACUCUAUAUUAGAGUCAGUGUCUAAUAUCCUACUAGCACAGGAAACCCAUCAGUUGAUUCUUGUUCUACAUCUCCAGAAGUGGUAAACCUGAUUCCUCCUUCCUGCUCCUACUUCUGCAGGGCUCCAUCCAGAAAGCGGGAAAAGAACAAGGCUUCCUGUUACUCUUCUUGGCUAUGAUACAGUUUGUUCCCAUCUGCCCUUAGGUUUACCCCUGCUCUGACUCAGUGCAGAGCUGCUCCUGAUCACUGCUGUAUUAACUCAAAACUCAUUUGCUCUAUGGAAAUACAGAGUCCUUAUUUCUCAAGGGAAUAGAGCAAACCAACAGACCUACUUCCCAGCUUGUAGUUUCCAUGUAAGCAACCACAUUUAUAUAAAUUAGAUUUAAAUAUCAGCUUAUUUUCAGGAUUUAUAAACUCAGUAUUACAAAUAAUAAUCUGGUAAGUGUUCUCAGAAUACUCUUUCUAUGAGUCAAUGGCAUAACUUGGGUAAUAUAACAAUAAGAAAAAAUUGUGUUGAUCAGAAGCACUACCUAGUGAUUUUGUUUCUUUGUUUUUCUUAAUAAACUACUUUCAUUUAUUAGAAAAACAAAAUGGGGAUAGAAUUAAUCCUGAUUAACUUUUUUUCACUUUAUAAUGAACUCUUUCCUUCUAACCAAAUCUUGUCAUAAUCAGAUCUAUAAACCCAAUUACAUAUAACAAUUCCUAACAAUAGCUGGAGAUCCAUUCAUUAUAAGCAAUAUUCCCUACAACAAAUUCCAGUGAAAUCUAGGAAGUAGGUCAGCGCAUUGAGGUUACUUGUACCAGGAUUUGCCUUUGCACUUUUGUAUGGAUAGGUAUACAAAAAUACAGAUAUCCGUUUUAAAGUAUCGUUUUCAUAACAAGGCUGAGGCUGCCUGCACAAAAUUGAAGAUCACUUUGGUUAUUGUUUUAUUAUUGAUUAAGAAGACAGUUAAAACAACAUGCUGGCUAUUCUCUGUCUGGUUUCUCAGCUAGAAGCUGAGCAAUUAAAGACAACACAAAGAAAAAACCUACCUUGUACAGUACUGUACUUCAAAUUGAACUGAAGGAAAGGUAAAGGAAAUCUAGAAAAUGACAAUUGUCAGGUAAUGACUGCUAUUUCUGACAUAUACUCAAACAAAGUGUUUCUUCUUGUUCUGUUUUUGCAUAUUUUAAAACAUCUUUGAAAAAAUUUAAAAUUAAUGCUAAAUUUGAUUUGAAUCCAAAGACCCUGUGAUUUUGUUUAUGGCUGAUUCUGUUGAAUUUUCUGUUAUCAUUCAGGUGCUUUGCGUUUUAACCAUACUUUCAAAUAUUCACCACCACUUCCCAGCAAACACAUGUGAGCAUGCACACAUACACAUGCACACUCAUCAUAAAAUAAAACUGUGGAAAUUAUAUGGUAGUUGUUAUCAAAAUAAAAAGCAAUUGAUAAAAUUUGUCAAAGCCUUAUCUCCUUAACUGAAAGCUCUGAGUACAUUUGUAUUCUGGAAAUAAAAUGAAAAUUAAAAUAUGCUUUCAACUAUAUCCCUUUAAUUUAGAUUUUAAUA